CAUUGAGUUUUAAAGAACAUUCUGUCGCAUUCUCGAGAAGUUCGCCAUCUUUGACGUCGAACGGUCACAGACAUUUUCUAGUGUGGGUGAUUAUUUUCUCCACACACGCGUGAAAGUUACUUUUGUGAGUCCUUUAAUUGUUAAACGAAGAUGCGCCACGCCAAGCGAAUGCGCUCUCCGUGUGUCUGGCUUGAUGAGUACAGCUGGGAAGAGAGAAUGGAGUGUCGUAAACGAAGAAAACGAGAUUCGCACAGCAGUGAAAGAGAAAAUAAGGCCCGAAGAACUCAACGUCACCACAGAAACAAUGAGGGGCACUACCUGGAGAGCCGGAGUUUGAACCAGAGGCUGGGCUCUCGGGAACAACAGACUCGGGAACGCAGUUUGGACAUGGCCUGUGAGGAGGAUAGCCGAGAAGGCACCUGCAAGGACAGAGAUCGUGAUUGGCACCAUUACAGCAAGUCAUCUGGCCGCAGCAGACGAAGCAGUCGCAGGAACAGAGACAGAAGACGCAGGCGUAGCCAUUCUCACCAUGGGUCAUCCUCGAGGAGGAGCCAUCACCGCAGGAGCAGGAAAAGAUCCAGGAGUGUUGAGGAUGAUGACGAGGGUCACCUCAUCUAUCACAGUGGAGACAUGCUCAGAGCGAGAUACGAGAUUGUGUGUACUCUAGGAGAGGGUGCCUUUGGGAAGGUCGUUGAAUGCAUUGAUCACUCUAAUGAUGGGGCUCGAGUAGCUCUGAAGAUCAUUAAAAAUAUAGACCGCUACCGUGAGGCAGCGAUGUCUGAGGUAGAGGUGCUAGAAAACUUGAAGUCUCUCGACACUGAUAAAAGAUUUGCGUGUGUUCACAUGCUGGACUGGUUUGACUACCAUGGCCAUGUUUGUAUAGCUUUUGAGCUGCUUGGCCUCAGCACCUAUGACUUCCUCAAGGAAAACAACUUUCAGCCUUUCCCCAUUGAACACAUCAGACACAUGGCGUACCAGAUUAUCCGAGCAGUUCGAUUCCUGCAUAAGAACAAGUUGACACAUACAGACCUGAAGCCAGAGAAUAUUCUCUUUAUUAAUUCAGACUAUUAUAUGGAGUAUAACCCUGAAAUGAAACGGGAUGAACGAACAUUGAAGAACCCAGACGUGAAAAUUGUGGACUUCGGUAAUGCCACAUAUGAACAUGAGCACCAUACAUCUGUUGUGUCCACACGACACUACCGUGCUCCUGAGGUUAUCUUAGAUCUGGGUUGGGAUCAUUCCUGUGAUGUCUGGAGUGUAGGCUGUAUACUCAUUGAGUAUUAUCUUGGGUCUACUCUCUUCCAGACACAUGACAGUAAAGAACACCUUGCUAUGAUGGAGCGAGUCCUGGGCCCCAUCCCCACAAACCUCCUGCAAAAAACUAAGAAACGGCGGUAUAUUCACCGGGGCAGACUGGACUGGGACCCACACAGCUCUUCUGGGAGAUAUGUUAGAAAACACUGCAAACCUCUCAAGCAUUACAUGUCAUGUCAGGGUGAAGCCCAUCAGCAGCUGUUUGACCUCAUGGGGAAGAUGAUGGAGUAUGACCCAGCCAAGCGCCUCAGUCUGGAUCAGGCUCUUAGACAUCCAUUCUUCUCCUGCUACUACAAGACCACCAGCACCACCACCAGCCGCAGCCGCAGCAGCAGUAGACACAGUAGCAGUAGGAAAAGUAGUAGUACUGGUAGCAGCAGCAGCCGCAGUAGACACAACAGUAACAGCAAAAAAGACUGAACUGUGAAUGUGUCGUCUCCAUUCGGGCCUGGCUGUCACCAUGAUGUUCAUCAUGGCUCUGGGCACCAGCCUCAACUCUCAGCCUGACUCUCCAGGAGAGGUGUCCACCUGCUGACUGUAUCAGUCCACUGCCCUCCUCUGCUGUGUGCUGUCUAGUCCUGCAUCCAUGGCUUAUGGUCUCAUCUUUUGUACAUUUGAUGUAAUGAGUCCUCCCAGAUGUACUGUAUUUAUUUACCAGUGUAAUUUAAAUUGUAGCCUCUGAAAAGAUGUCGAGCUGUCUUUUUUUUUUCUCUCUCUCUCUUUUUAAACUAAUGUGUAAUCUCAGUUUGUCCAUGCUGUGUCCACUGCCAAGUGGCUAAUCCAUAACACCACAAAUACUUUCAUCUGUAUUUGACUCACCAGUAUUUAUUUGUACAGCAUUAUAGGUGUAAAAAAAAAAAAAAAAAAAAAAAGAACUACUGUUGUGGGCAGAAAAUCCUUGUACAUAGAUUUUGUUCAGAUGUUUUUUUCCACUGUAACGUUUACAGAAUUGUGUACAUUUUCUCAAUAAACUUGAAUUUACAUCA